AGGAAGCACAGGCUGACACAGGUUGCUUCUUGUUGUGAAACUCAAGACAUACAAAUGUAUAGCAGGUUCAUGAUUAAAUAUUGAAUAUGUUUAUUCAUUGACAGUUACAAAUUCCAGUUAUAUUAAUUAUGGUGUCAGAUAGCGGUUAUGUAAAAUACCUGCCUUUUCAUUAACAUGACAACACAACAAAUCAUUAACCAUUUUCAAGAAACUUUAGCAUAUAUCCAUAGCCAUAGCCUGCCAUAGGCUCUGUUUAGUUUACUUACAAUAAUUGCACACUUGACACUGUCUUGUUUUGUACAUUAUGAUGAGGCCGUUCCGUUGUCCUCUUAGUAGGCCUACUGUGCUGGUAAUUGACCGACUCUUGUAGAAAAUAAGCUACCGUACAUGAGGAUUAGCUACGAGAAAACACCUAGUUGGAUAUGGCAGAAAUGUAAUGAAGAAAAAAUUGACAGUUUUACUUAUUGAAGUACAAUUUGAUCCACAUCGAAUUUUGCCAGAAGGAAAUAUAUUGCACCAUCUCUUAUCUCGAAGCAAGCAUUGUCGAGAGAUGAGGUUUCUUGUCUACAUGAGGAUGAGCUCCGAAAUAUUCCAGAGUAUCCUAAAUAUAAAUAGCGAUCUAAUUACCAAACCAGCAACCAAAAUGAGACAACUAAUAAGGUCAGGAGAGCGAUGGGCUACCACCCCCCGUUUUCUCACUACAGUGAUCGCCUAUAUCGUCGUGUAGGGUGCACUAGGCUUAAGGUACUGGGUCGCUAAUCAGGCGGUCCGAGUUUCAAUCCAGGUGUUGGCCAAGAAAACAUAUCCAGUGUGGUUUUACCUCGUCAAGCAGCGUCAUAGGACGAAGUGCCUGGCAAGGAACAGCGUCUAGUUAUUCGUAUGGGACAAAAACCUGAGGUCAUGUGUACAUGUUGAUGUGCACAUAAUAGAACCCUUGACAGUUGGAAUUCAAUUGCUGUCCCAACACAAUUCCCCUAACAGCUCACUGUAUGGCGUAUGAUCAUCUUCAUUCGUCCAAUUGGUACAUAAAGAUAAAAUGUCAAGAAGAACCAAACAACAUUAUGAUUAUGGACAGAAAAAUCUCUGUGUGCUCCUAGAUUUAGAUCAAGUCCUAGCUGACUUUGAGGGUCAUUUUAUCACAAAAUUUAGAGAAAAAUUCCCAGAUGAUCCGUUUGUGCAAUUAGAUGAAAGAAAAGGUUUCUACAUCAAAGAUCAAUAUGAAAAACUGGAUGGAAAUCUAGGGGAUAAGGUGAGAGCUGUCUAUAUUGAAAAAGGGUUCUUUCUUGAUCUUCCUGAAAUUAAAGGAGCAAUAUCUGCUGCUAGAGAAAUGGCGGCAACGGAUGGGGUUGAUGUGUUUAUAUGUUCAAGUCCCCUAACAGAAUAUCAAUUUUGCUUACCAGAGAAGUUUGAGUGGGUUGAAAAGCAUCUAGGUCCAGAAUGGUUAGAUCGUAUUAUCAUAGCAAAAGAUAAAACAGUUAUAAAUGGUCAUAUAUUGAUAGAUGAUAGACCUAGAAUUAAUGGAAGUUGUAAAUCACCAACAUGGAAACAUAUCAUUUUUACUGCUCACCAUAAUAGACAUAUAGAAGGCCGACAAAGAUUAGAUAACUGGACAGAUGGUACAUGGAGGGAUAUUUUAGAAGAUUUUAAAAAAAGGAUAUGAUUUUCUAGCCACAAUUCUGUACUAAUUAGUAGAGUUUAAGCUACAUACGGUAAUAUAUUACGAGUAUCAGACUGAAAGUCAGAUAUUUUAUAUUACUGAUCAACAUUCCAAAUUUCAUUAAAAUCAGACCCAUUUUUCAGCAAAUUACCAGUAUCUAUUCCCCCCACAACUUAAAUUUUCUUUAACUCUUCCAAAACUGUUUUGUUGUGAGUUAUAUGUUGUUCUCGAUAAUAUGCAUGUACCUGUAUAUAAGAAGUUAAAAACCCUAAAGAUGAUAACCAUAAUAAUUUGCUUGUCAUCCAUCUACAUUGUGAAAGGAGCCCAAUUAAACAAAAAAAAUGAAUCCAAAAACUCAGCUGACGAGGAAAUUUUUUCUAGUAAAAAUGAAAAGUUGACUUUUAAUCUUUAGGAAGGGUAGUGUAGUUCAAAGUUCUCAUCCUUUUUCAUAAAUUGAUGUAAGAUCUCAUAUGUAAUAGGUGAAUAGAGUCAAACUUUCUUUGAAUCAGCUUCAUCCUGACAAAUCAUGCCAAGUCAUCAGUCUAUAGUUGUCAAGGUUACACAGUGACAACACCACAUAUCCUAUAGCUGUCUGGAUAAAGAUGUACAUAGGCACAUUUUGCAAGAAGCAAUUAGACAACUGAGUGUUGUCAAUGGCUCUGCUUAAUACACUCCAGGUGUAGUCUUGAGAAAAGAAAUAAACGUUUACCUGUAUAUUGUUUUAGUCAAAACCCACAAGAGUUUACUAUUAUUAGAAACCCCUUCUUCUCUCGACAAAAUUUUUAAAUUUCUGGAUCUGUCCCAGUAGUUAAAAACAAACUACAUAAGUUAAUUAAAUGUGAAGUUUAUUCGUAU